GAAGGCUGUGUUAUUGUCAAAGCUGAAAGCACGUGAUAUUUCCUCCACGCGGUGUUUGUAAUUAAGAAGUAGAGAGUGGAGGAGAGACACAGGUAUGUCCAGUGAAGACAAACAGACGGAGGAGAUCGUGGAUACUCCUGCCGAAGAAGAAGAAGAAGCAGAAGGAAUAAAAGACGAAUCUCAGAAUAGAAAUGGUUUGUCGAAAAAUCAACUUCGGAAAUUAAAGAAACGUGAAAGAUGGUUAUUAGUGAAGAAAGAAAAACGGAAACAUGAACGGCUGAAAAAGAAGAAACGUAAAGCAGAAGCAGUUGAGAAAGGGCUCGAUGUGGGUCCCUCUAGAAAAGCUUUGAAACAAAAUUCCAUGAAGCAAUCUAAAUGCCAAAUGAAAGUUGUCAUUGACUGUUCAUUUGAUAGUUUCAUGUCUGAAAAGGAUGUCAUGAAGCUUGUGAAGCAGUUACAGAGCUGCUACUCACUGAACCGACGUGCGGAGAACCCCCUUCAGCUCUACAUUUGUGGAUGCAGUGGCAAGACUCAGGAAAGAUUAGACAACAUUGGUGACUGCAGUAGAUGGGAUGUGAACUUCUCUCCUGAAAAGUACAGUGAAUUGUUUGACAAAAGCUCUCUUAUUUAUUUGUCUAGUGAAUCAGACAAUGUCUUAGAUGAUCUUCAAGAAGACAAGGUCUAUGUGAUUGGAGGUCUUGUGGACCACAAUCAUUAUAAGGGUCUUUGCCAUCGUCUGGCAGUGGAGGCCAGCAUCUCUCAUGCCCAACUCCCCAUAUCACAGUAUUUAGAAAUGAAGUCCAGGAAGGUGCUCACAGUGAACCACGUAUUUGAGAUUCUUCUGCAAUAUACCAAGACUAAAGAUUGGAGCAAAUCUCUGUUUCAAGUAAUUCCUGAAAGAAAGGGCGUCAAGUGUUUGACCAAUGAAAAUUCCAGGGACAAAACAGAAGCUGACACUAACAUGAAAGCAGAUUGUGAUAAAACAGAUAAAAGGGCUGAUUCUGAAUCAGCCAAAGAUGAAGAACCAACUCAGGUGAAAAGUUAAUCUAGAAGAAAAUAAAAAACACUUUUCUGUACAAAAAAAAAUACAUUCAUAUUUUUAUGCC